AUGGCAGUGCUUCCAGCAACGUACUCGGAGAGGAAUGCCCGUUUCCCUUCUCGAACCGCCCGUCGUUCGCUGCAAGCCUUGCUUUUCGGGGAACCGUACGCGGGAACGCCAUUCGCUGCUUCCCGCCGGGCUCAGUCGCGCCGAAUGAGCCUCGAGCAGGACCCCGCCAUGCUGCUACCGCCGGCGACCCCGUCGCGGGACCACGUGGCAGCGAGGAGCCUCCCGUCCACGCCAGUGAAACGCCCAAGGCAAGAAUUCUCUGAUGAUGUCUCACUUCCUUCCAGGUCCCGUAGCACGAGCGCUGCCAGCCACGUGCAAGAAGACGGCAACGACGACGACGGCUUCGUCACAGUCGUCUACAAGAAGUCAAGAAAGGCCGGCAUCCCAGUGGUCUUCACACCCGUCGACCCCGAGGUACUCAAAUCCACGCAGGAACGAGUGAGGAAUCACCGUUUCUCGCGGAACGGAAGCCUGACCGUGACCGUCGCAUCGCUGCAAGCUGCCAAGGCCCUGCUCGGCGUCACGUGCCUCGGAACCACCGCCGUCACCACCCGGAUCCCGGAGUCCUACGCCAGGAACGUGGGGAAGAUCGUCGGCGUCAACUCCAGCUACACGGACGCCCAGCUGCUGGAAUACCUGCGCCCCUUCGGAGCCAUCGACGCCCGCCGCCAGGUACGCUACCGCCCGAGCCCGGGCGGCACAACCAGGACUCAGGCAACGAGCAGCGUCGUGGUCACCUUCAAGGGCGACGUCGCGAUGCCCGAGGAAGUGCCGCUGGGCUUCAACAAGUUCAAGGGCUUCGGACACGUCGCCAAGUACUGCCGUCGGUCGGAGCGCUGCCGUGCCUGCGCCGGGAGCCACGCCUUCAAGGACUGCACGACGCGGAAGGAGCAACGGUGCGCCAACUGCGGAGGUCCCCAUCCAGCCAGCUUCGGAGGAUGCCCCAGGAGGAAGGCCGCCAUCGCUGCAGUGAAGACGGAAGCCUGCGAGGUCCGCCCGUCCCGGAGCGGCCGCAUCAACCCUGCCGUCGUGAAGCCAACACGCCCAGCACCCGUCCGCAGCGCCGACGCCUUCCCAGCACUGCCGAAGCCAGCGGCCCCUGUCAAGAAGCCUGCACCAGCCAAACCGGCCUCAGGUAAGAACCCUGACACUAAUGCUACCCCCAGUGUUUGGGAUCUGCCCAGGGACCCUGCCCCGACCCAGAGACCGCCGCCGCCUGCCGCCAACAGACCCCAGAGGACGACGCCGGCCCCUCCCAAGCCUGCUGCACAGGAAGCUGCUGCCAAGCCGGAACCUGCACCUCCCCAGGGCACCCAGCUGGUGAUGAUGCUGGUCCCCCUGCUCAUCACAGCCUUCCGUGCCAUGCUGGCUGCCAUCCCAGCUGCCAGCAACAUCCCAGAAGUCCAGGCCUUCAAGGUAAUGGAACCAAUGCUUGCCAGUCUGCUUUCUACUUUCAGUUAUGGACAGCUGGCCGAGCUCAAGCAACGCCUCACCAAGACCACCUACAGCGCCAUCUGCCUCCAGGAAUGCAACAUCCCGGACACGAUGGGGCUACCAGGCUUCACCAUGUACACCUCUCCCAGCAUACCACACUUCGGCCACGGCUGCACGGCAGUCUUCGUCGCAAGGCACCUGGCACAAACCCAGCUGCCCACCGACCAGCUGUCGUCAGCCGCGGUUGAAGUUACAGCUGUAAAGGUAAGUUUUGGAAAGGACUCACUCACUGUCGCCUCUGUUUACAUCCGUCCCAGCUCAACGGUUACGGUGGACCAGAUACCUGACGACUUCCUGCAGCAAGUGCAGUCCUCCCUGCCAGGCCCUCCGCUUCUCUGUGGGGACCUCAACGCGCACCAUCCGCUCUGGGGUUCCUGUGACGCUGACCGCCGCGGCCGACGCCUAGUGCAGUCCCUGGAGGACUGCAGCCUGCUCGUCGCCAACACAGGUGAGGUAACCUUUUACAGGCCACCAGUAUCCAGCGCUAUCGACGUCACCCUGCACACCCCGGACGUCCCUGCGCAUUGGGAAGUCGGAAUGGACAGCUGGGGCAGCGACCACUUCCCGAUCGACGUGACCCUGGCCUACAAGCAUCGGGCCCCGAAACGACGGACCACCAUCGUCGUGUGGGACUCCUUCCGAGCCUGCCUGGAUGGAACCCCUGCCUCCCAGGACAUCUCCGAGGACAUCAGGACAGCCCUGGCCGCCGCAACCAAGUCCGGCACAGCGCCAGCAACCGGACCGAAACCUGACCUGAAGUACUUCCGUUUGUGUGCUGCGAGGCGCCGCGCACAGAGGGCCCUGCGUCGGAACCACUCCCCAGGGCGUCUGACGGCAUACCGACGAGUUUCCGCCGCCCUGCGCAGAUAUGCGGUCACGCUGCAGCGCUCCCAAUGGAAGCGGUUCUCAGCCUCCCUGACCAGCAGCACAUCGGCCCGGAAACUCUGGUCUGUCGUCAACGCCCUGGAGGGGAGGAGGAAGGCGAACCCCUUCAGCUCCAUGGCUCUAGCCAAAGGGGUCUCCCUUGAGGAGCUGGCAGAGGACUUCGCCGACCUGUUCGGCGCAGGGAGGGACGUCCCUUCCACGGCGGCGCCUCCGGCAUCCCCCAAGGACAUGGACCUCCCCUUCACGGCCGGAGAACUGCGCUUCGCCCUGGACCACCUGAAAGCCAAGUCAGCCCCUGGGAUGGACGGACUCACCUACCAGUGCCUGCGGAACCUACCGGACAAGACAACUUCACGGCUCCUGGAUUCCAUCAACCAGUGCUGGGACCAGGCAUUGCCACCACCAUCCUGGAAAGAGAGCGUCAUCGUGCCGAUAUUGAAGCAAGGGAAGCCCCCGGGCGAACUGAGCUCCUAUCGGCCGAUAUCGCUCACAUCAUGCCUGGCUAAGUUGACAGAGCGGUUGCUACACCGCCGCAUUACAUGGAUACUUAAUUCCAAGUCCUUUUUUCCCCUCUGCAUGACAGGUUUUCGACGCAACCUUUGCUGCCAGGACUCUGUGCUGGACCUGGUCUCGGACGUGGAUGACGCCGCCCAACGCAAGUGCAGAACGGCAGUGGUGUUCUUCGACAUCAAGGCCGCCUUCGACAGCGUCCCCAUCAACACCCUCCCUCCAACCAACGACUCCCUCGUCGGCCCUGGAAUCGGAGGCAAGGCAGCUGCUUUCAUUCACGCUCUACUUUCCAACCGCUCUUUCGGGGUCCGACUGGGAUCGACGCUGAGCUCCCCACGUCCUCAGAACCUCGGUCUACCCCAAGGCAGUAUCCUGAGCCCCCUGCUCGUCAUGGCUGGACUCCCAAAGGCCCUACCAGCAACAACACCUCCCCUGCAACUCUCCAUCUACGCGGACGACAUCUGCCUGUGGACCAACGGCAAGGACCCCUGGAAAGUGAUGAAGACCAUCCAGAAGGGCGUGGACGCUACGACCGAGUACAUCCGUGGCCUCGGACUCACCCCGUCAGCCGAAAAGACCAGGGUCAUGCUGCUUGGUUCCACGGCAAACUGGCGUACGCUGCCCGAACCAAUCCUGAUGGAAAACACGCCACUUGAACAGGUACGUGUCCACCGUUUUCUCGGAGUAACCUUGGAUUCCAGCUCCUCCUGGGCUCCACUCGUCAAGGACCUCCAGACCAGAUGCAAGACAACCCUGAACGUGACCAAGCGACUCAGCGGACGGCACUCCGGCUGCCCCCAGAGGACCCUCCUGACCAUCCACAACGCCACCACAGCCGCACGGAUGCUCUUCGGACUCCCCUACGCCAAGCCCAGCAGAUCAGCGCUGGAAUCCCUGGAACUGCUCCACCGUCGCGGACUGAAGCUGGCUCUCGGACUCCCACCUGGGGCGCGGAACGUCGCCGUCUACGCCGAGGCUGCCGCUCUCCCUCUUCAACUACGAGCCACCCAACACCUGCUGAACCAGCUCACCAGACUGAACAGGACAAGAACCGGAAGGGCGCUACUGCAGCGUCUAAGGGACCGACAACGGAGCCGUUUUUCAUGUACACUUUUCACGCAGGACCAGCUGUUCCAGCCCAUCCCACCAGUCCCCAGUCCAGACGCCCCAUGGAGGCUCCUCCGGACCGCCAUCCAGACAACACUGCCAGGCCUGCCACAGAAAAAGGACGUUCCGGAUGCGGUGGCACAGUUCCUGGCCGCCGAGCGCCUUCAUGAGAGCUACCAGGACUACCUGCACGUGUACACGGACGCCUCAGUCGACCCUGGACGACGCGCCUGCGCCCUGGCCUGCCACAUCCCAGCAACACAGUACUCCUGGGCCGAAGGAUUGUCCGGACUCCUCUCCUCCACGGAUGCAGAACUCCUCGCGAUCACGGAAGCCCUGGACAUCAUCGCCAAGACGAGCGCCACCAAAGCGGUUAUCCUCACGGACUCCCGCGGGGCUCUGUCGAGGCUAAACAACCGUUAUGAACACUGCCCUCUCUCUUUCAGAGCACACCAGAAGCUGCAACUCCUCCUGGCAUCCGGUCAUCGCAUCGCGCUGCAGUGGAUCCCAUCCCACAAAGGCAUCCCCGGCAACGAGAUGGCGGACUCCCUGAGCAAGCAGGCCACCACCCAGACCCUGGUCCACCAGGCACCAUCUACCACCAGCCAGGCCAAGAAGAGCAUCGCCCUCCACGUGCGCAGCUUCCACCCGGACAAGCACACCGCGGAUGGGACAGCACCCCCACCCUGCAUCACGGCCGGCCUAACCAGGGACGAGGCAUCGCUGCUGCUCAGGCUCCGUGCGUCGUGCGCCUUCACCCGGGCGUACGGCUUCAUGAUCGGCCAGGUCGACGACCCACGCUGCGGAACCUGCGGUGUCCAGGAGAGUAACCUGUCCAGCGCCGGCAUCUCCGACCACAGCCUGGUUAACCUGGUCUACCCCAUGGGCCCUCGACACCAUCGCCGACGCAUCCAGAGGGAGCUGCUGCAGUUCCUGAGCUACACCAUCAGCCACCCUCACCUGACCCCUGGACUACUUCUCCACCUGCUGCCGCCACGCUACACCGCCUUACGUCACCAACGGCAUCGCACGACCCCCAAGGACCUGCCCGGACCCCAUGAGCCACCCCUGACUACUUCGCCACCUACCGCCGCCACCCUGCACCGCCCUACGUCACCCACGGCGUCGCACGACCCCCACGGACCUGCCCGGAACCCGAGAGCCCGCCUGACUCCCCUCCAAGACCCCCCAGCAACCUUGGACUUUGCCACCCCGACCGCCCCUGACUGA